AGUUGUCUUUAAAAUGCAAUAAGAACUUCUUAUUAAGAUUACAGACCACUAUACGAUUGGACCUACUGCGUACAAGGGAAUAUGGAAGACGAGAUAGAGGAGAUGGAGUCUCGGCCUCCGAGCGCUCGCCGGAACUUCUCUCUCCGCAACAAUGCAGCCAGACAGGUGGCUAUCAACUUCAUGCCAUCCAGGCAGCUGCCCGGCAACACGAUUCGCCUGAAACGCAAUGCAUCUCACAGUGCAUUGCUGGAAGAGGCCGCAGACGCGCCCGACUCGGCGGACCGGCAGGCCGACAUCAUCGUGCACGAAAUGGAACAGCAUUCCAGGCUGAUGGAGGACAAUCCAGAAGCUGAAGAGCUGCGCAGGGAGGCCCUGCGAGAUUUGCCGCAAGGCUUGACAAUGAAGCGGCACGUCAGAGCCAAGCUGUCAGCUUCGGUCAGCCUCCGGUCCAAAAGCAAGCCCAUCUCUCUCUGCAAGCGGUUCAAGUACAGAAUGAGCUUUUUGUGGAAAAGGACCCACGACCGUUUCCGAGACUUCAUCUUUUCCAUCGAGCUGUGGUACGAGCCCAUCCGCUCCAUCGAGGGCCACUUCGGCUCGGCCGUCGGCUCCUACUUCUACUUCCUGCGAUGGCUGUUCAUGCUGGAUGCUUUGCUGGCCGUUAUGCUGGUCGCUUUUGUAGUAGUACCCCAGUUAUUGCACGAUGAGACGAGCAGUGGGAUAAAAGAUAUCAGUUUUUUGGACUUUGUCAGUGGAAAAGGUGCGUUGGAAGAUUCCUUACUGUUCUACGGCCACUAUCACACCAGCGACGUGGCCGCGCCGGGUUACAGCAUGCCGCUGGCAUACUUCUUCACCAUGCUCUGCCUGUAUCUCAUGUUCUUUGCGCUCUUGUGCUACAGAACCGCGUUGUCAUACCGCCGGAACUUCAUAGAGACGGCACGUAUCGGCGGCAUGAGCCAUGUAUUUGCCAGCAAGGUGUUCUGCAGCUGGGACUUUGGUAUCACCACGCGCACGGCUAGGGCGCUGCACGCCAACAGCAUUUAUAACGAAUUUAAGGAACUCCUCAACGAACAAAACAAGAAGCGAUCCUCAAAAUCCUUCUGCACACGUUUCGGCCAGCGACUAGCGAAUAUAGUCGUUACUGCACUCGUAUUAGCGUUCAUUGUCGGGGUGGAAUACGGGUUCUUACUGCUGCUACAGAGGGAGAGUAAAUUGGCACAUUGGGAGAUACUGGUGUCUUUGGGAGUGACUGUGGCGGUCACUAUUUGCCCGCUGUUCUUUGCUUUGGUCGUUAAGUUAGAAUACUACAAGCCGAGAACGGCCGUGUACGUGACGCUAGCACGGACAUGUUUCCUCGACAUCGGCACUCUGAUGUUGCUUCUCUACUACUGGUCUAAUUCUGGAGCUGAUUGCUGGGAGACGUCCUUCGGCCAGGAAGCGUACCGGCUGGUGUUGCUAGACGCGAUAAUAUCGCUAGUAGUGUUGCCAGUUAUUGAGUUUUUAAGAGCUUUAAUUUUUAAAUUGAACCCUAAGUCCAGAGCGCCAGAGUUCAACAUCGUGUUCAACUCGCUGACCAUAAUCUACAACCAGGGUGUGCUGUGGUUCGGCAUGCUAUUCUCACCUCUAUUGGUGGUAGCAGUAGCGUUGAAGUUCCUGUGCCUGUUCUACGUGAAGAGGGAGUGCGCUUUGAGAGCGUGCCAGCCGGCUAGGAAGAUUUGGCGCGCGGCGCAGACCCAAACGGUACUAUACAUGUUGGUGACCAUGUCUCUCUUCUCGACGCUCUUCGGCAUCGGGACCUUAUUCUUAGGAACCAGCUCUCAUUCUUGCGGGCCGUUCCAAAACUACGAAACAGUAUUCUCUGUGUUCACGGAGGGCGUUCUGAAACUGUCUACACGGCCCACUCUCCGGAGCAUACUGGUGUUCUUGACGCGCCCGGGCGUCAUCGGUUUCCUGGUGCUCACGUUGUGUGUUUUGGUGUACUACAUGCGAGCCAAGGCCAAGGCGCAGCACUCCAUGGUGGAGAUACUGCGCCACAUGCUGGUACUGCAAGCCAAGGACAAGGACUUCCUGCUCAACGCCAUCGCGAAGGUUUCCAAAGGAGAGUGGAUGUACAGCCCCAAGCCCGAGGACCCGAGUGACAGUCACACCUGGAAGUACCUCAACGAGGUCCGCAAACCUUCCAACGCGGGCUACCACUUCGACGCCUCGCGACUCAGCCACUCGAUGCUCGGCGCGAGCAAAAGUCGACCCAAUUCCUAUGCGCCAGAGAAAUCAAAGUCAAAUGACGAUGGGGAUACGGAUAAUAGCUCUUUCAGCUGGCAGGGGUCGAGUUCUUGCUUGAAUAAGGAGAAUGAGAAGAAGUGGAUUUAGGUUGCAAGCAAAAUCCGACCUAAUUCCUAUGCGCCUGAGAAAUCAAAGUCAAACG